AUCAACCCAGCUGUCCCACCGAAGCCGGUAGUGGUUUUAAAACUGGAAAAAUACAUGGAAAAAGUAAACGAGGAGCGGGAUGCGGUUUUCGAGGAUCACAUCGGCGAUCGCCGUCGAAGUGUCCGGUCACUUCUGGAGGAGGCAUUUGCAGAUGAAAUGGAGAAAACUAGCUAUGACGUCGAGGUUGCCGACACUCCACAACCGCAUAUUCCAAUACGUUUCCGUCAUCCACCAAUCGCCGGACCAGUUCAUGAUGUUUUCGGAGACGCGAUUCACGACAUUUUCCAGAAAAUGAUGAAAAGAGGCCAGGCGGUCGACUUUUGUCACUGGGUGUCUCACUUGAUCGCCACAGAAAUUGACGAGAAAUUCAGUGAAGUUGCGUUCAGAGAUGUUCAGUAUAAUCCUGAUAUUUAUGUUACCGAUAGUACCACAGAAGCCAAAAAGCUAUUCAACGACAAAAUUUGGCCGGCGAUCGACAAGAUUCUCCAGCAAAACGCCGAAACGUGCCCGAUUCUGUCUGAAAAGUGGUCUGGAAUCCACGUGUCGGGCGAUCAACUGAAAGGGCAACGUCACAAGCAAGAAGAUCGGUUUUUGGCGUAUCCUAAUGGGCAAUAUAUGGAUCGUGGAGAGGAUCCAAUUUCGGUGUUAGCGGUGUUCGAUGGUCACGGUGGUCACGAGUGCUCUCAGUACGCAGCCGGGCACCUUUGGGAGACAUGGUUGGAGGUUCGAAAAUCGCGAGAUCCUUCAGAUAGCCUCGAAGAUCAGCUUCGCAAGUCGCUGGAGCUUCUCGACGAACGAAUGACUGUCAGAAGUGUGAAAGAGUGUUGGAAGGGUGGAAGUACAGCUGUCUGCUGUGCAAUCGACAUGGAUCAGAAGCUUAUGGCGCUGGCGUGGCUCGGUGACUCACCCGGAUACGUCAUGUCGAACAUUGAAUUCCGUCAGUUGACACGUGGACACUCGCCAUCCGAUGAACGGGAAGCUCGGCGUGUUGAGGAAGCUGGCGGCCAGCUUUUUGUGAUUGGAGGCGAAUUGCGGGUGAACGGAGUUCUAAAUCUCACCCGAGCACUCGGAGAUGUUCCUGGACGGCCGAUGAUCUCUAAUGAACCGGAAACGUGUCAGGUGCCUAUUGAAAGCUCGGAUUAUCUGGUGCUCCUGGCUUGUGAUGGAAUUUCUGAUGUUUUCAACGAGCGUGACCUGUACCAGUUGGUGGAGGCAUUUGCGAAUGAUUAUCCUGUUGAAGACUACGCGGAGCUCUCCCGUUUCAUCUGUACAAAAGCGAUUGAGGCUGGAAGUGCCGACAACGUGUCUGUUGUGAUUGGCUUUUUGCGUCCACCGCAGGAUGUGUGGAAGCUUAUGAAACAUGAAUCAGACGAUGAAGAUUCCGAUGUCACUGAUGAGGAAUAACUGCUUUUCGGUGGAAAUUUUGCCUGAAAAUUGGGAAAAUUCUUGCUAAACUUCGGUUGAUUUUCUCAAAUUUUUGUCGUUUUUUUUCCUAAUUUUCGGUCGAUUUUAUCAAAUUUUCCCCUGUUUUCCUGUGUCUAUUUGUUUUUUGGGUAUUCCAAUUUUCUCUCUCCUAUUCACCAUAUCGUCGUCAUUUCUCCCCGUUAUCUAGCAGCUUUCCGUGACCCACACACAUAUUUUGUUCUCGGUGUUCCUGUAGCAUUUCACAUUUACAUACGUUUCCAACCAGUUGGCAUCCCACCAAAAAUCCGAGUACUUUCCUUCUCCUCCUCCACUUGAACAUAUAUUUGAUUUGAAUUUAUUUUAUGAUAUAAAUUGUAUAAUGACGUGGAA